UAUGAAUAGACGACUUGUGCAAAUGUUUAGCAAAUAAUUUGGUUAAGUACCUAAAUUCUAUACAUCAAAUGAACAACCAAUGGUUUUAAGAAAUGAAAAAUCAGGUUAUUAUGUUAAUCCAGAAGCUGUUGCUCGUCGAAUGAUAAAGGUGAUUAGUUUACAUGAUGAUGUUAAGAAUCCUUCAGCAAUCACCUUAUAAUCUACAUGGACUGAUAUUGGUUUAUCAGAUAUGGCAUAUGUAGAAGUAAAUAUCAAUAUAUAUAUAAAUAAAAAAGGUUAUGGUAGAAGUUGAAAGAGAGUUUGAAAUAGAAUUUCCAGAUGCUGAUGUAGAGUGUUUUAGAACUGUCAAUGAUGCUGUAGAAUAUGUAGCAAGGAGCUUCUUUGCUGUUUGAUUUU